AUGCCCUUGAGGAAGCUCAUCAAAUCGUUUCAGGCUAAAAAUCUCAAGCUUCAUGACGCGAUGAAGCUGCUUAACGCUACUCAGCGGGAGGCCUCUCUUAUGCAAGGGUCACCGGCUGAAGUCGAAGUCCUACGGCACGAUUUCAUCCAGUAUUUGGGAAGUCGCUUCAAGGCAGAUGAGAAAUAUCCCGAUGACUUGGUGCGUAUACGGUUCAAAGUCCUCAAGGAUAAGUUCCAUCAAUUGGGCUGGGAUGAUGAUGACGAAAGCUUCGUGGUAGACUACACUCGCGUCAUGGGAGCUGCGAAGGAUGAGAUCGACGGUGGCUGA